AUGGCUGCUUCCCAAGGAGUUGUUGCAUUACAUAAGUUUUUUACUCGAUUAUCUUUUGUUAUAAAUGUUGUUGGUGCUUCCUCCAAACGUACCGACCAACUUAGAGAUACACAAGCUGAGGAAAUUGCAUAUAAGAUUUCUAUUGAUGAGUUAGAGACAGGUAGAGGUCUUAAUCAAAUUGGUACAUUACAACGAGCUGGCGAUACUAGAUGGAGUUCUCACCUCAAAUCAGUUUCGAGCUUAAUUAAAAUGUUUAGUCCAACUUGUGAGGUUUUACUUAAAAUUAUUAAAGAUGGCAUCGGUCCAAUCAAAGGCGACGCAGAUUCUGCAUAUGAGGCUAUUACUACAUUUGAGUUCAUUUUUGUUCUUCAUCUCGAGAAAGAAAUAAUGGAGAUUACCGAUUUACUUUGUCAAGCUUUACAAAGACAAUCUCAAGAUAUUUGUAAUGCAUUGAGGCUAGUUGCAUCCACCAAAUUGUUAUUGCAAAAAAUGAAAGAUGAAAGAUGGGAUGGUUUACUAUCAACGGAGUUGCUUCGACUUUCAACAACUUUAGAUCCUAAAAGUGUCGUUGAGCCUUUUCGAAGUGGUGAUGUGAUUAAGUUAGUAGAGAAGUUUUAUCCCGAAGAUUUCAAUGAACAAGAGAAAGUAGUUUUGAAGAUACAACUUCAACAUUAUGAGAUUGAUGUCGUUCAACAUGUAGAUUAUAAACUAUUGACAUCUAUAUCAGAAUUGUGUCAAUGGUUGAUAAAGACAAAAAGAGUGGCGAACUUUCAUCUUAUUUAUCGAGUAGCGAGUCUCAUACUUACUCUUCCAGUUUCUACUGCUACAACGGAGAGGUCAUUUUCGGCAAUGAACCUCAUUAAAACAAGGUUACGGAAUAAAAUGGAAGACGAGUUUUUGAAUGACUCAUUGGUUUUGCAUUUCGAACGAGAACUUGCUGAAAAGAUUAGUUUAGACACAAUUGUACAAGACUUUAAAAAUGCAAAAGAUCGUCACAUUCCACUUUGA